AUGAUUGCAACCAUUGCAUUGGCUGCCAUCGCAGUCACAGGCGCGACUGCUGCCAGCCUGAAGACCUCGGACUCUGCGGGAUACAUUAACUACACCACCAUCACAGGCUCCUUCUUGCAGGACGAGCCAACGACCAACGCCUCCACUUUCAACUACACCCUGAGCAACUUCGGCUUGAUCGAUCGAUCCUACCCAGCGACUGAAGGUCUUACGGCAAACCUGACUCAAUGGCAAAAGUUCGAGCGACAAGUAGACGCCCUGAAUGCUGCUGCACCCCUCAACACCGUCUACAAGGUCCUCUUCAUGGGAAGACAUGGCCAAGGAUAUCACAAUGCUGCUGAGAGCUACUACCGUACCCCAGCAUGGAACUGCUACUGGGCACAAUUGAAGGGGAACGCUACACCCCACUGGGAGGACGCUCAGCUGACCUCCGAUGGCAUAUUGCAGGCUCAAAUCGCUCACAACUUCUGGAAGCAUGAGAUCGAGGUUCAGAAGAUUCCCUACCCUCAGAGCUACUACACCUCGCCCCUCUCGAGAUGUCUGGCGACCGCCAACUUGACAUUUGCUGGUCUGGAUCUCCCAGUGUACUACUCGUUCGUUCCAACGGUGGAGGAACUGCUGAGAGAAGGCAUCUCCAUCCAUACUUGUGAUCACCGCAGCAACAGGACGUACAUCGAGGCGACGUACCCAGACUUUGAGAUCGAGCAGGGUCUGAAUGAGUACGACGAGCUAUGGAAUGGCGUCACCGCCGAACCUGACAGUGCGCAUGAGAAGAGGAUGUUGACCCUCUUGGACGGCGUUUUCACUAACGAUGAUCACACCUGGAUCUCUCUCACAUCUCACAGCGGCACUAUUGGAACCAUCCUUGACGUUAUUGGUCACCAAAGCUUUAGUCUCGCAACAGGUUCCGUCAUUCCUGUGCUUGUCGAAGCCAAGUUUCUACCGGCAAGUGAUACGCCUACCACGUCAGUUGGUUCCUUCACUACUAGUACCUGGUGCCAUAACGCCCCUCCCAUCACGAGCGUAGGGUCGGAGGCCCAAGGAUGUGUGUGCUCAUCGACCAUCGCACCCCUACCGAGCCUUGACACUCAGGCCCCAUUUGUGCCUGGCCAGACUGCUCCGAUCAACGAGUACACGACAACCACGACCGUCAGCGCCUCGCCGUCGCAGACGGGAUGUUCUUCCUAUGCUUGGGUCCAACCGUACUAG